AUGGCUGAGACCGUUCUCAUCACGGGCUGCAGCCAAGGAGGAAUAGGCGACGCCCUGGCCCGGGAAUUCCAUGCCCGCGGCCUGAUCGUCUUCGCUGCGGCGCGCGACCUCACCAAGACGUCCUCCCUGAAAGAAAUAGGCAUCCACACUCUCGAAAUGGACGUCACAGACACCGCCUCCAUCAAGCAGGCAACAGAGACAGUGCGCCAGGCCACAGGCGACCACGGCCUCGACAUCCUCAUCAACAACGCGGGCGUGACGCGCAUCCUGCCGUUCGCAGACUGCCCGGUCGAGGACAUGCGGUGCAUCGUAAACACCAACGUCCUCGGCUCCUUCGCUGUUACGCAGGCGUUCCUGUCAAUGCUAAUCCAGGCCAAGGGAACCGUGGCCAACAUCGGGUCCGUCAAUGAGGUGUUUGCGCCCGCCUUCAACGCCGUCUACAAUGCCAGCAAGGCGGCGCUGACGGCCUUCUCCAGGACCCUGCGUGCUGAGCUGGCGCCGUUUGGGGUCCGCGUGGUUGCCAUCAGGACGGGCGGCAUCAAGACGAACAUGACGCGCGCCGAGGGAGACAGGCUUCCUGGAGACAGCCUGUACCAGCCCGUGCGGGAGACGAUCGAGCGGCGGACCUGGAUCAGGUACGACUCGUUCCCUACGCCGGAGCAGUAUGCAAAAAGGGUGGCCCACGACUUGCUCGGCCGGCCUGGUCCUAUCCUGUGGCGAGGAGGCAUGUCCACGGCUGCACGGCUUGCGGAUAUCUUUGUUUCGCCAGUCUUAUUAGUAAGUUAA